ACCCCAAUAAAUUGUUGCAUGUGACUGAUGAUGUGAGCAUGUUCGUUUCAUAAUAAAAAUGUUGCCAGGUAACCAAAAAGUCGUAUGUUUUUGUGCGAAUUACGAUCAUAAUCUUUACGAUCGUACAUUAAAAAAUAGACAAAUAAUAGUAUGAGUACGAUUUAAAUCGUAUAUCUGUCAACCCUGCUAGCAAGACAGCGACAAAAUCACGUUGCAUAACAAUGUAGCCCAAGCUUAUAUCUUAUGAAAUAUACGGAAGAGAUACGGACUUAGAAAAAACAGAAAUGUUGUUCUUUGUGGAAGUCAUUGAUGAAAUUCUAUGUAUUUUAGCCCGCAAACUUUCUUCAAACAAAAACAGCGCCAUCUAGUAUCGAGUUCUGUAAUUAUCUCUUUGUUUAUGGAUUUGAAGUAAGACCGCCACGCAUGCAAUACAUUAUGACUGGGGAUUCCCCUAUUCGUCGACGCUGAAUAUGAGGCGACGACAAUCACUGUCAAACGUGUUCACUAUUACUCUGACUCUGGUAACGUGACUUCCUGGUAACGUGUUAGGUAGGAAAAGCAGUAAAAAAGUGCAUAUUAAGGGAGCAGAUUUGAAAUAAUAUUUAUACUUAACAAGAAAUAAUUAAAGGUUCAAUGGGGAGACCUAAAGAUUUACGCAUAUGGGAGCACUACCGUACUUUACCAAACAAGUCUGUUUCUUGCAAGCUUUGUAAUAAGGUCUACAAAUUCAGUAAUGCUGCCAAAAUGCUUCAACAUCUUAUCACUUGUCCAAAAUCUCCAGAAACAUUAAAAGACUCUAUGAAACUUAUAAAAGAUAGCUCGUCCAAAACCAAAAUGUCUGGACUGUCAGAGAUAGAGACAAAUGAUUCUUUUAUAAGCCCCUCGUCGUCUGCUAACACUACAAUAAAUGCUGAGUUUCAAGACACCGAUGAUCAUAUAAAAACAGAAUUAGCGAGAGCUAUAUUUGUAACAGGGACGCCAUUAUCGAUGGUGCAACAUCCUUUAUGGAUACAAUUUUUCGAAAAAUUGCAACCAAAAUUUAAAAUACCUUCACGUAAAGCUUUAGCGACAAAAUACUUAGAUAAAAUAUAUAGAGAAAUGCGUUUUGAGUUAAAUGAGGAACUAAAUGCUUGUAGUUACUUACACCUUCAGUGCGAUGGCUGGUCUAAUUUAAGAAAUGAAGGAAUAAUAAACUUUCUUAUAUCAAAACCUCAACCUGCAUACGUUAAAAGUUUGAAUACAGAAAGUAAUCCUCACACUAGUGAAUACCUUAGCCAAGAAGUUGAAAAAGUAAUGAAAGUGUAUGGAGCAAAUAAGUUUCUUGUACUUAUUGGCGAUAACGCUAGAAAUAUACAAAAGGCAUUCGAAUUAACAAAACUCAAAUAUCCACAUGUUGUUCCUCUCGGUUGCUGUGCACAUAUCCUUAACUUGUUGUGCCAAGAUAUUGUAAAGAUACAAGAAGUAACUGUGUUUAUUAUGCAAGCCAUAAAUAUAAUAAAAACUGUUAAAAGGAGUCAACGAUUAAGUUCCUUGUUGAUAAAAUCAAGGCAGGGUGAAGAUUCUACACAAACACUAAAAUUGCCUUGUGCUACAAGAUGGGGAAGUCAUGUUACUUCGUUAAAAAGUUUGAAAGCAAAUAAGAUAGCUUUGCAAAUAUUAACAGUUAGAGAAGAUGUGGUAAUUUCAAGAGAUAUUAAAGAUUUAAUUCUAAGUGAUGAUUUCUGGACGAAGACAGGGGAAUGUAUAAGUAUUUUGGAACCAGUCACUGAAAGCAUAUUUUACUUAGAGAGCGACCAGAAUCGUUUGCAUCGCACAUACAUUACAUUUAGAGAUGUACAAGCUAAGAUACGUUUUGCAUUAAAUGAGAUUUCGACAUUGAGCGAAGAAAGCAAACAGCAGAUUCUAACAUCAGUAUCUUCAAGAUGCAAUAUGGCAAUGAGGCCAAUACAUUUUGCAGCAUAUAUUCUAGACCCCAGGACUCUAGGAGUCGAACUUACUCAAGAGGAAGAACUUAAGGGUAUGGAGUUUAUCUACAAUUUAAGCCAACACUUAAGUUUGUCAAAUGUAAUGGCAGAUUUGGCGUGUUAUAAAGCUAAAGAAAACUUUUGGGCCAGAGGAUUUGUAUGGAGCUCAUUAGAUAGCAUUGAGCCCCUAAUAUGGUGGAAAGGUAUUUGUGGUUCCACUGAGUUAAGCAAAGUAGCGAUUCGUAUUCUAUCAGCUCCCUGUACUUCGGCAGCCACUGAGCGUUCCUUUAGUAUCCAAGGCUACAUACAUAAUAACAAAAGAAAUCGACUUACAACUGAAAGAACUGAAAAAAUUUCAUUCAUUUGUUAUAACUGGAAUCUUAAACAUAAAGCUGAAUGCGAGGACAUUCAGUUUAAUGAAGAAAAUACCUUAGAAGCUUUCAUUGAGCAAGUAAAUGAACAUAACAGUUUAGACGAAAUAGAGCCUAUCGAACCUAUACAAUUCAUCGCUUGUAAUAACUCUGAAUCUGACAGUGAUUGACUGUAGUUUUACAUUUUACUUUCAUCUCUUUCUUAAUAAACUCAAAAUCAAAUUAAAAGUUUUUUAUUCUGUAGGCUGCAUAAUAAUAUUGUCUAUGUCCAGUAUAGUGGACGUCUUGCGGCUGAGAUGACGAUGAUGAAGUACAAAAUCAUAAACACCCAAAAAUUUGGGUGUUUAUGGGGUUUAAACCCAAUAAACCCAAAACACCCGGUUUUUACCCACCAGACUUUAAACCCACCCAGGUGGAUUGCCCAUCUCUAGUCGUAUCAUUAGUUUU